CUCUUCCUGCCGCCGACUUGGGCUGAAGACGUCCCAUGUCCCACCGCAAAUUCUCUGCUCCUAGGCAUGGCCACUUGGGCUUCCUUCCCCACAAGAGAAGCCGUCGCCACCGAGGGAAGGUGAAGACAUGGCCUAAGGAUGACCCCAGCAAACCAGUCCACCUGACGGCUUUCAUGGGCUACAAAGCUGGCAUGACACAUACCCUGCGGGAGGUGCACAGGCCUGGACUUAGUAAGGAUUGGCUGAAGGAGGGGAUCUUAUCCAGGAGGAAAGAGAGGGAGCAGGCUCGUUGUUGGGAAAGGCUGCUCAUGGAAAUAGGGAUCUCCAAGAGGGAGGAGGUGGAGGCUGUGACCAUCAUUGAGACCCCACCAAUGGUGGUGGUGGGAGUUGUGGGGUACAUAGAUACACCAAAGGGCUUGAGGAAUUUCAAGACUGUUUUUGCUGAGCACAUCAGUGAUGAGUGCAGACGACGUUUCUAUAAGAACUGGCACAAGAGCAAGAAGAAGGCUUUCACCAAGUACUGCAAAAAAUGGCAGGAUGAGGAUGGCAAGAAGCAGCUGGAGAAAGAUUUUGCAGCUAUGAAAAAAUACUGCAAGGUUAUUCGUGUCAUCAUGCACACACAGAUGAAGCUGCUUCCACUGAGGCAAAAGAAAGCCCACGUGAUGGAGAUUCAGCUGAAUGGUGGGACGGUGGCUGAGAAGGUUGAUUGGGUUCGUGAGAGGUUGGAGAAGCAGAUCUCUGUGCACAGCGUCUUCAGCCAGAACGAGAUGAUUGAUGUCAUUGGUGUGACCAAAGGGCAUGGGAUGAAAGGGGUGACAAGCCGUUGGCACUCCAAGAAGCUCCCCAGGAAGACACACAAGGGCUUGCGCAAAGUUGCCUGCAUUGGAGCCUGGCACCCAGCCCGAGUUGGCUACUCUGUUGCUCGGGCUGGCCAGAAGGGCUACCACCAUCGCACGGAGCUCAACAAGAAGAUUUUCCGCAUUGGCCACGGGAUCCACGUGGAAGAUGGCAAAGUGGUGAAGAACAACGCCUCAACAAACUAUGAUGUCACGGAGAAGACCAUUACACCUCUGGGUGGCUUUCCUCACUAUGGGGAGGUCAACAAUGACUUCCUCAUGCUGAAGGGCUGCGUCGUGGGCCCAAAGAAGCGUGUGCUCACUCUGCGGAAGUCCCUUCUGGUGCACACACGCCGACGAGCUCAUGAAGCCAUUGAACUCAAAUUCAUUGAUACCACUUCCAAGUUUGGCCACGGCUGCUUCCAGACAGCUCAGGAGAAGCGUGCAUUCAUGGGCCCUCAGAAAAAACACCUGGUGAAAGUGAAGCCAGGUGCACAAGAAGAGCUGUAAGGGAUGAGAUACACAAUGUUUCCUAAUUGGACAAACUUCAAUAAAGGGUCUUCAAGCUGUG